ACCCUUGCUAACAGUACUUUGGACAUAACAGACGGAAGCAGCUUAGUGCACAGGCAGACAAGAUAGUCAGUGCUUAUCCCUGAGCGCAGGAGGAGAAAUAUGUCUGAUUUCACAGAUGCAAAGGUAUAUGAAGAGCAGUUUGAUCCCCGGCUGUAUCUGGAAACAUAUUUCCAUUUGGGAUCAGGAAGCCUGGCAGAUAACUUCUUGAAGUUUGCUCUUGAAAAUCUGCAUGAGACUUUCAAAUCAGGUGCUGCAACAGGAUCCACUCUCAUUGACAUUGGAACAGCCCCAUCUAUUUACCAACUUCUCUCAGCGUGUGAUCACUUUAAUGAAAUUACAGUAACCUGGCAUACCAAGAGAGAGCUAGAGGAGCUUCAGAAGUGGCUGAAUAAUGAACCCGACGCGUUUGAUUGGUCUUCUAUAGUGAAGCAUGUGUGUGAAUUAGAAGGAAACAGAGCAAGCUUGAAAGAGAAGGAAGAGAAACUGAAACAAAAAAUCAAACAGUGUUUGAAGUGUGAUGUCAGUAAGAGGAACCCGCUGGCUCCUCUUGAAGCUCCCAAAGUAGACUGUCUUACUGCAACAGUUUGUCUAGAAGCUGCCUGCAAGAGUUACGAGGGCUACGGUACAGCUCUGAGGAACCUCUCCAAUCUCCUUAAACCAAAGGGGCACCUGCUCAUGGCAGGAGACCUUGGAUGCAACUACUAUGAGGUUGGAGCCAAUAAAGUAUUUUCCCUUCCCGUGAGUGAGGUGUUUCUGAAAAAAGCCUUCAGUGAAAAUGGAUAUUGCAUCAAAAAGUUGGUGUCUUUUGGGAAGCCAGAAGAUGCAGGUGCAGAUGCCUCUGAUUAUGAGGGCUUUUAUUUUGUUCAUGCACAGAAAGUGUAGAGAUUAUGUUCGGUUUCCUUAUCUACACCGUGUUUAGUGUGGAUUGCUCUAGACCACAAGGGCCGUUAAUUAAAUAAAAAAUAUAUAUGCUGUG